UUCCUGCCCCUCCUUGUCCGGGAUGCUCCUGCCGCUGCUGCGGAGUAGCUGCUUCCCUUCCUCUUCUCCCGGCAGCGACGGCGGCGGCAGCAGCGGCAGCGGCGUGGACAGGCGGCCAGCAGCGCAGCUGCAGCGCGAAGCCCGCGGGCCCCCGGAGCCAUUCGAGUGGGCAGACGCCGAGCCCGGGGUCGACCUCUGGCGCUCGGCGGAGGCCGAAGGGGCACCGGAGCCCGGGGCACGCGUCCGGGGGGCGGGUAGCGGCGGGCGGCGGGCCGAGCGCGAGCCGUAUGCGUGCAUGGAUCCGGGCGCCGCGCUGCAGAGACGGGCAGGGGUCGGCGGCGGCGGCCUGGGCGCGGGUUCCCCAGCGCUGUCGGGUGGCCAGGCCCGCCGGAGGAAGCAGCCCCCCAGGCCGGCCGACUUUAAGCUGCAGGUCAUCAUCAUAGGUUCUCGCGGAGUGGGCAAGACCAGCCUGAUGGAGCGCUUCACCGACGACACCUUCUGCGAGGCCUGCAAGUCCACCGUGGGUGUUGACUUUAAAAUCAAAACUGUAGAGCUAAGGGGCAAGAAAAUCAGACUGCAGAUCUGGGACACAGCAGGUCAGGAGAGAUUCAACAGCAUUACCUCAGCUUAUUACAGAAGUGCCAAGGGGAUCAUAUUAGUAUAUGAUAUCACUAAGAAGGAGACAUUUGAUGAUUUGCCAAAAUGGAUGAAGAUGAUUGAUAAGUAUGCUUCAGAAGAUGCAGAGCUUCUUUUAGUUGGAAAUAAGUUGGACUGUGAAACUGACCGAGAAAUCUCCAGACAGCAAGGCGAAAAGUUUGCACAGCAGAUAACUGGGAUGCGGUUCUGUGAAGCAAGUGCCAAGGAUAACUUCAAUGUGGAUGAAAUAUUUCUGAAACUUGUUGAUGACAUUCUGAAAAAGAUGCCCCUGGAUAUUUUAAGGAAUGAGUUGUCCAAUAGUAUCCUCUCAUUACAACCAGAACCCGAGAUUCCACCAGAAUUGCCUCCACCAAGACCACACGUCAGAUGCUGUUGAUUUUGCUACUUUGGAGACAGUGGAAUGGUUCCUAGGAAGGGGAAAAUGCUCUAUUCUGCACUACAAUCAUUUUGAAAAUUUCCUUUCGCACUUUGUAAUCCAAGUCAGAGCUAUACACUAACUUGUAAAUAUGCAAAUAUGCAAUUCCUGGUAAGUUUUGGUUAUAAAUUACAUAUAUCCCUCCAAAUUAUUAUAUUUCAUUCAUUAUCCCAGUGUCUAAUGUACAUACUGGGAAAUGUAGUACUUCUAAUAUGAAGUGAGAGAGAUGAAAGGUAUAAUGUUUUUUGAAAUAAAUAAUAUAAUUGUCCUUGUUAAUUAUAUUAUGAGGACAGAAGAUAUUCUGAUAAGAAGAAAGAACGUGGUGCUUUGCUUACUGUUUUAAAGAAAAUUUGUAAAACUGAAGACUUUUUGAAGAAAAAAGAAAGCUAUCUUAAGUGCUUUUUCUUUAUUUACAAGACAUUUCCCCCAGCUGUAGCAUCUUGCAAGUAUUGGAGUGUUUCUGCCACAAAGCAAAGCUCCACCCAUAGCUGUCAUUGAAGGUCACUUAUACUGUUACGUAACAGUAGAAUGUUGCUGGUUAGAGCAUAGGAUUUGACUUGGUCCUGAGGCCAGAGUCUCUCUCGUAGUUUCUGAAUGGAUAUACCUUAUGAAACAACGCUGCUGUCCUAAACAAAUCCUGUUUAAAGGGAUUUUAAAGAGAUACCUUUUACUAUAUCAAAGAACAUACAUGUAUUUGCCUAAACACUCUAUACCUUUGUAAUGAUAAAACUUCUCCCCCUUAUGAUAAAGCUUAUUCCUAUUAAGCUUAGACUGUGGUUUGGGUGGUUUUUUUGUUUUGUUUUGUUUUUUGGUUUGGUUUUUUUGUUUUUUAUUUUUUUUGGUCUGAUAAUGAAUUUGUGAACUCUAUCUUUGGUAUACCUUUUAUUAAACUGCACUGUUUUGUUUAGUCGAGAUAAGUAAUUAUGUAUUUGAAUAACUUGGUGUGUCUUGAGUGUUGUGAUAUGAAAAGCAUUGUGGUCUUUCUACACUAAUGAAGUGCAAAUAAAAUUUUGUAUUUAUGAA